AGAUUUGCAUUUCUUACCUUUAAUCGUUUAAGUCUAAAUUCCUCCGAGUCCGCCAUGUUUUAAUUAUGCUGCAGACGCCGCGCUCCCAAACAUCCACCCACUUUUGGGGGUUAUGGGUUAUGUAUGCUAGCAGCUAACGCUACUAACAAAAAGGAUGCAGCUGCAAACUAAAUAAAGAAACAAGGGUAACUUAGUCGGCUAACGCCGAGACAGGGUGUAACUGUGAGAACAAGGCAACCACCUAGCUAGCCAAUGUUUUACUUUCUGAAGAGAAGAAACAACGUUACAUAUAACGUUAAACCGUACACUAAGACGACGACGAAGACAACACUUUGGUUGAAGUAUCUUCACCGGCGGAUGAAUGGCAAUGGCGGCAGUGAGAGCGGUGGCAGCGGGGGGCCCGGCGUCUUUGUCCCGGUUUAGGGGAGCGCUGGUCGCGGCUGUGCUGGGAGAUUGUGUCGGCGGAGAGUUUGAAGGAGCGGAGGAGGUUCCCAUGGAGAGUGUGCUGCAGCAUCUCAGCAGCCUGUACGACGAGACCAAAGGGAAUGGUAUCCUUGAGUACAGUGACGACACAGCAAUGGCACGUUGUGUGGUCCAGUCUCUACUCACCCGUGCCGGCUUUGAUGAGCAAGACAUGGCUCGCAGGUUUGCUAAGGAGUACAGUGCAUCCCCAGGUCGUGGUUAUGGUUCUGGAGUGAUCCAGGUGUUAAAGAAGUUGUCCUCCCCUCAGCUCAGUGAUGUGUACCAGCCGGCCAGGGACCAGUUUAAUGGUCGAGGCUCCUUUGGGAAUGGGGGAGCCAUGAGGGCGGCCCCCUUCGCACUGGCUUUCCCCGAUCCAGUUGAUGUUAAAAGGUUUGCCCGUCUAGGUGCCAUGCUGACCCACUCCUGCUCUCUGGGUUACAAUGGGGCAGUGCUGCAGGCGUUAGCUGUGCACCUCUCCCUGCAGGGGGCGCUAGACCUGCCCCAGCAGUUCAUCAGCAGGCUAAUUACAGAAAUGGAGGAAGUGGAGGGCAACGAAGCUACACGCAAUGAUGCCAGAAUCCUAAAAGAAGCAGAGAAGCCAUUCUGUGAGCGCCUCCACAGAGUUAGAGACCUGAUGGACAGGAGCAAGGUCAGCAUCGAGGAGGUCAUUUCUGAACUGGGUAAUGGCAUUGCGGCACUCCACUCGGUCCCCACUGCCAUAUUCUGCGUCCUCCACUGCCUGCAGCCACGAGAAUGCCUUCCUGAGAACUAUGGCGGCCUGGAGAGGACUAUAGCGUACAGCCUGGCCCUGGGAGGGGACACAGACACCAUAGCCUGCAUGGCAGGGGCCAUCGCUGGGGCCCACUAUGGCAUCGAGGCUAUUCCUCAGUCAUGGAUAAAGUGCUGCGAGGGAGCCGAGGACGCAGACAUGAACGCAGAGCGACUUCACAUGCUGUACCACCAGUCAUCUCGGGGAGGCGGGGGGGGGACAGGAGAGCAGAGCGGUAAAGACGCAUCUGAAAGCCAGUCAAACGCUUCUAACGGCACAGAGAAGAAAUCUAGAGCUGAGUGAUUCGUCAACUGGAGUUUGACAAAAGGACUCUUAAACACACAGAUUACACGCUAACACUUGGUAAUAACGUUUUUGGGACUGUGUUGGUUAACUGAGAACCUGUGAAUAAGGGCAGGCUAUCUCAACACUGACACAUUAUAUUAUUGAUCAAAACAGCUCAUUAUUUUCUGAGACCCCAAGCUUGCCAAAAGUAAAAAAAGCUAAAUUUGUAACAGAAUAGUGAAGCUGAUCAAAUAAGAAACAUCAAGGGACAGACUACAUUGACUGUAUGAUUACGUUAUACAGAAAGUCGUAGUACACACACACACACACACACACACACACACACACACACACACACACACACACACACACACACACACACACACACACACCCUCCCUUCCCUGCUCUCUCCUGUUUUGUGUUGGAACAAUCUUUUGUCAUGUGAAAGUUGCACUAUGAUUUGGCCAUGUCUUGUUUUAUCCU